AGAGUGACAUAUUCACAUUUCUCACAUGGCAGAGUUGUGCGUUUCUUCUCAGUCCUCCAUUCUCCUCCACCGAUCCCAAACCGGAAUUCUCCCCAACCGCCUAAGCCCCCGAACCUCCACUUCUCUUUCUCUAAGCGGCGCCGGAGCUCCGCGUCUGCGAUUCGGGCCUUCCUUUAAUCAAGCUCGCAGCUUGAAGCUUGGAGUGGUCUCCGAUCCUACAGCUCACAGCUUAUUCACCGUUGAUUCCGGGACCAAGGGUAUCGUGAUCGAGCCCGAUAUCGGCGGCGGCGACGGAGGCGAAUUUGGCGGGAGAGGCGGCGGCGGAGGUGGUGGAGGAGGAGGUGAUAACAGUAGCGGUAGAGGCGAGGAGGGAGGUGAGGAUAGCAGCGAGAAAAAAGGGAUGUCGAUGUCUCAGAAGCUAACCCUAGCUUAUGCUGUGCUUGUUGGAGUGGGUGGUGUUAUGGGCUUUCUGAAGAGUGGCAGCAACAAGUCACUGUUGGCAGGAGGAAUAUCAGCUUCGUUACUCUUUCUUGUUUACACUGAGCUUCCUAAAAGAACAGUUUUUGCAUCAUCCCUUGGGCUUGGGCUGUCUGCUGCCCUUCUGGUUGUGAUGGGCUCUCGUUUCAAGAGGUCAGGGAAGAUAUUUCCAGCCGGUGUUGUAUCUCUUGUUUCGCUCAUAAUGACUGGUGGCUACUUUCAUGGAAUUCUACGUGGCAUGCACUGAACUGAAAUAAGCUCGAUGUAAUAACACAAGUUACUUUGAUAUGUUGGAUCUUUCCCCCACUUUUUCUUCCUAAAUAUCUGGUAUCUAAUACCAGAUCUUUGGAGUAUAAGCAGCUUCUAGGCUUUUGACUGUAGGAUGUGGUGCUUGAAAGUAACUUUUACAAAGAAAUUUUACAUUUGCUGAUCUGCUUUGUAUGUGUUUCAGUUCCUGUUAGUUGCCGUUUUUAAUAACUUUCUUCCUCGGUGGCAACUUGAUACGCCCCAGCCGGAUACCCAAUCACUGUGCCGAUUUGAGCAGUAGUAGACAUGUAUUUUAUUGAUGAUGGAAAACAAGCAAACAGUACGGUUUUGUAAUGAGACCCUUCAAAAAGUGUAGGUGAAUCCUUUCACUAAUGGAAUAGGAUUCCUUUAUUUGAUAGGAUUAGUAGAAUCUGGCAUCUUUCUUUUC